AUGUGUGGGGCCGUGGGGGUUGUGCACGGGUGCGUCCUAGUGGGGGGGAAAGGCGUCAUCGGAGGGCUUCUGGGGUGUGUGGACUGUCAAAAUUUUCAAACUCACUACCUAGUCAAUUUGAAACACCAUCAAAGAACCCACCACCUUCAGUGCACCCGUUGCCCCUUCAAAACCCGACGAAAACAAGACCUGGAAGACCACUCCACCAUCAAGCACCUAUCCGACAACCAAAUCAAAUGGUUACAAUGCACCCAUUGCCCAUCAAAAUUCAAAAUCCGAAAAUACCUCCAAAAACACAUCAAGUGGCUCCACACUAACCCCGAAGACAUCCAGUGGUUCCACUGCGACAAGUGCCCCUCAAAAUUCAAACAAAAAAUCCAACUCCGCAGACACGUCAUUCGUACCCAUUUUCACGAGUCGGAAAUCCGGUGGUUCCACUGCAAAAAAUGCGCAGCUAAAUUCAAGUAUAACUCGGUAUUGAAGAGACACGUGUUGGUGAAACAUUUAACCGAAGCCGAAAUUCAAUGGUUCCAAUGUGAACAGUGCACUGCUAGAUUUAAGGAAGAGAACAAACUCCGGAAUCACGUGGAAAUGACGCACCUACCGGAAGAUGAGAUUCCGUGGUUGCGGUGCGACCAAUGCGCCACUAAAGUCCGGAAUAAGCAAACCCUGAAGAGGCACAUCAUCGCGAAACACCUACCAGACGACAAAAUCCAGUGGCACGAAUGCGACCAGUGCCCACAAAGAUUCAAGUUUAAGAAGAUUUUAAACAAACACGUGAAAGUGAAGCAUGUUGGGGAAACCCAGAUUGAGUGUAAAAUGUGUUCAUUUAAAUGUAAAGACGAGCGAAAUUUGGCGCUCCAUUUAAAAUAUUGUCAGUCUGACGAUUUAAAACAAAUUAAGUGCGAGUUAUGUGGUUUGGGGUUUAAGAACAAGAGGUGUUUGAAGUAUCACGUGACGAUGGAGCAUGUACCAGAUGGAUUUGUUUGGUUUGAGUGUGACCACUGCAAGGCCAGGUUCAAACAAAAGUCGCAUUUGAGGAGUCACGUUAUUUCCAAGCAUUUACCAGAGAAUGAAAUCGAGUGGUUUGAGUGUAAAUAUUGUAGGAAGAACUUUAAGUUCAAGAAUAUCUUGAACAGGCAUCUGAAAAUCCACGAAAAAUAA